GCGCAGUCCAAGAUGCCAAGAUCAAACAGCUGAAGAAAAGGCUGGUGAGAGAGUUGGACAAACUCAACAAGUGGCAGAACGAUGUGCUGGACCUGCAGAGUCACAUCAAGACCUUGUCGAACGAGCUCGGUGAGCACGAGGGCACGUGCAGGAAGCUGGCGAUACCGACGGCGAUUACUAUCAAGGCACCAGUGGACAGAGACGAGAGCCUGGACUUGCAGCUCGACCACGAUCUCUUCACCUGCCUCGAUGAGUACGAACCCCCACCAGAGGACACGAAACAAUUGGACGAGAGGAAGCAGAUGCUGCAGACGGGUUUAAAGGACCUGGCCAAGAAGCUUGUCGGCGAG